CCGCUCCGGCGCGCAAAUCUCCCCCUCUGCCGCCGUCAUUCUCAUUCUCUUUCUUUAGCAAGAGUUUCGCCAACUCACCUUACGGUUCAAAGUUACGUAACUACCCCCUCCCAUAUCUAUCAUGCAAGGCUAUUAGAUAUAGUAUAUAGAAAGAGAGAGAAACUGUUCAAACUAUUCAGUCACGGCAGUUCUCGUAAAGUAAACCCCAAAUCCCAAGCUCUGGAUUAGAUUCAAAGCUCAAUUCACACAAAUUCAGUCUUCACAUUCUGCUCCGCUUAAUUCACUCCCGAGUUCCAAUCCACUGAAACUCAAGAUUGUUGUCUGAGCUCGCCAUGGAAGAGGAGAACGGGGUUGAGCUUGUGCAAAGAUAUAGACGAGAUAGGCGAGUGCUUUUGAAUUUCAUGCUCUCCGGUAGCUUAGUUAAGAAGGUGGUAAUGCCUCCGGGUGCUGUUUCUUUGGAUGAUGUGGAUCUUGAUCAGGUCAGCGUUGACUAUGUUCUCAAUUGUAUUAAGAAAGGUGGAAUGCUUGAACUCGCGGAGGCUAUUAGAGAUUAUCAUGAUAGUACAUUGUUCCCCAGUGUGAACAAUGCAGGUGCCACCACCGAAUUCUUUUUGGCUACAAAUCCUGAAUCAUCAGGUUCACCUCCGAGGAGGGCACCUCCACCUGUUCCUGUUGCGACACCCCUACCAAUUUUACCAACUCUUUCAACUGAAGAGCCCCUUGAUUCCAUGUCAGUUGAAGAACAAUCUCCCCUAUCAAAAAGCCAAUCCCUUACCAGUCAAGUUCGAGAGUUAACAGUAGAUGACAUUGAUGAUUUUGAUGAUCUAGAUGAAGUUGAUAGUCAUAGGUAUUCUAGAAGAGUUCUAAAUGAUGCCACUGAUCUUGUGCCAGGACUGCCUUCAUUUGCAACAGGUAUUAGUGAUGAUGACCUUAGAGAAACUGCAUAUGAAAUCCUCCUAGCUGCUGCUGGAGCUUCAGGGGGCCUCAUUGUACCAUCAAAGGAGAAGAAAAAGGACAGAAAGUCUAAACUGAUGCAGAAGCUUGGGCGGAGUAAAAGCGAACAUGGUGCAGCACGGUCUCAGCGUUCACAUGGAUUGGUUUCUCUAUUGGAGACCAUGCGCGUCCAAAUGGAGAUUUCGGAGGCAAUGGAUAUUAGAACAAGGGAAGGUCUUCUUAAUGCUAUGGUGGGUAAAGUGGGAAAAAGAAUGGACACACUGUUGAUUCCGUUGGAACUAUUAUGUUGCAUUUCACGCACACAAUUUUCUGACAAGAAGGCAUAUAUAAAGUGGCAAAAGAGACAGUUAAACAUGUUGGAGGAGGGGCUUGUCAAUCACCCUGCUGUGGGAUUUGGGGAAUCUGGGCGAAAAGCCAAUGAGUUAAGAGCUCUUCUGGCUAAGAUUGAGGAAUCUGAGUCUCUUCCACCUCCUGCUGCAGAUCUUCAACGGUCUGAGUGUUUAAGAUCUCUAAGAGAAGUUGCUAUUCCACUGGCAGAGCGGCCAGCUCGAGGUGACUUAACUGGUGAAGUAUGUCAUUGGGCUGAUGGUUAUCACCUUAAUGUCAAACUGUAUGAGAAACUACUUCUCAGCAUCUUCGAUGUUUUGGAUGAGGGAAAGCUCACUGAGGAAGUUGAAGAAAUUCUAGAGCUUUUUAAGUCAACCUGGCGUAUUUUGGGAAUCACGGAGACAAUUCACUACACUUGUUAUGCAUGGGUCUUGUGUCGUCAGUUUGUCAUCACUAGUGAGCAAGGAAUCCUCCUGCAUGCCAUUGAGCAGUUAAAGAAAAUACCAUUGAAGGAACAACGAGGACCACAGGAGAGAAUACACUUGAAGAGCUUGCAAAGCAGAAUUGAAAGUGAGAAGGGAUAUCAGGAACUAUCUUUCUUACAGUCUUUCUUACUACCUGUUAAAAAAUGGGCUGAUAAGCAGUUGGAAGACUACCAUCUCUGUUAUGCUGAGGGUUCGGCAUUGAUGGAAGCUACUGUGGUAGUUGCAAUACUUGCUCGAAGGCUGCUUCUAGAAGAACCUGGAUUGGCAAUGCAGGCUAUACCCGACACUGAUUCAGAGCAGAUAGAGUUUUACAUAUCAUCUUCAACAAAAUAUGCAUUCGCGAGGAUGCUGCAAGAUGUGGAGACAUUGUCAGAUGCAACACAUGAGCAUCCCUUGGCAUUACUUGCAGAACAGACAAAGAAACUUUUGCAGAAAGAUAGAACCAUUUACAUGCCUAUUUUAAUACAGAGGCAUCACAAUGCAGCUGCUGUUUCGGCGUCUCUAGUUCACAAGCUAUACGGUGUUAAACUGAAGCCAUUUCUUGAUAGUGCUGAGCAUCUUAGUGAAGACAUUGUAGCUGUAUUUCCUGCUGCUGACAGUCUUGAGCAGUACAUCAUUGAAAUCAUUGUUCAGACUUGUGAAGAGGGAGCUGCAGAUGCAUACUGUAGAAAACUGAAUUUGUACAAGAUUGAAACUAUAUCUAGUACAUUGGUGCUAAGAUGGGUGAAUUCGCAACUUGGAAGGAUCUUAAGUUGGGUUGAGCGAGCUGUGCAGCAGGAGGACUGGGUGCCAGUGUCACCUCAGCAAAGAUAUGGAAGCUCCAUUAUUGAAGUGUACAGGAUAGUUGAAGAGACGGUUGAUCAAUUGUUUGCUCUUAGAGUACCAAUGAGAUCAGCAGAGCUGAAUAGCCUCAUCCGUGGAAUUGACAAUGCAUUUCAAUUGUAUGCACAACAUGUUGUUAGCAAGCUGGCGAAUAAGGAAGAUAUUGUUCCGCCUAUUCCUAUUCUUACAAGAUACUCAAGGGAACAUGGAAUUAAGGCAUUUGUGAAGAAGGAAUUAAGGGAUUCAAAGUUGUCAGAGAGCAGAAAGUUUAGUGAUGUUAACAUUCUGGCAACAUCAACACUCUGCAUUCAAUUGAAUACACUUCAUUAUGCUAUCAGCCAACUGACUAAGUUGGAAGAUAGCAUUUGGGAGCAAUGGUCGAAGAUAAAGCCACACGAUAAGAUUACCACAAAGAAAUCUACAGAUGUUACAAAGAGUUCUGUGCAGAAGAAUACAUUUGAUGGCAGUAGAAAAGAUAUCAACGCUGCUAUUGACCAGAUCUGUGAGUUCACUGGAACUAAAAUUAUUUUCUGGGAUUUAAGAGAACCAUUCAUCGACAAUCUAUACAAACCCACUGCUGCCCAGUCUAGGUUUGAGGCACUGAUGGAUACACUAGACGCGGUUCUCUCUGAAUUAUGUGGUGUUAUAAUGGAGCCACUCAGAGAUCGCGUUGUAACUGGGCUCCUUCAAGCAUCGCUGGAUGGUUUACUUAGGGUCAUAUUAGAUGGAGGCCCAUCACGCAUAUUCUAUCCCAGUGAUGCAAAGCUAUUGGAAGAGGACUUAGAAAUUUUGAAGGAAUUUUACAUCUCUGGAGGGGAUGGGCUUCCUCGUGGAGUCGUUGAAAAUCAAGUGGCACAUCUUCGGGAAGUGGUAAAGUUGCAUGGUUAUGAGACUAGGGAAUUGAUUGAGGAUUUGAAAUCUGCAAGCGAGGUAGAAAUGCAGGGUGGGAGGAGUAAACUGGGCGCGGAUACGAAGACCUUACUUAGGAUAUUGUGUCAUAGGGGUGAUUCUGAGGCUUCUCAAUUUGUGAAGAAGCAAUUUAAAAUCCCAAAAUCUGCAUAGUGUCACAAUUUGUGCUGUAAAAAUACCCUUGUAACAUUCUUUUGAAUGGCAGAAAUAUUCAAUUUGGCAAAUUUUCCAGGAAAAAAAAAAAGUAUAUAGUCUUCAUUACGAUUUUAAUGAAGUUG